AUGAAUCGCACGUUCCGCAGGCCCAUUCUGGGUGUGAACAGUUCGGCUGUUCUCAUGGCGAGGAUACACAAGGCUGAGCAGAUGAGUCGGACCAGGAACCUCUCCCUGGGCAACACUGCUGCGGUUCAAGCCGCUCAUGCCUCUGGGGAUGUGGUGACUGCCUUCAUCAUGCAGUAUGGAGUGGAUGCCUCAGCCGAAGGUGCGCUGCGAGCCUUGCCGAUCGAUGCACAACGUCAGGUCAUUGGAGAGGGCCCGUUGCGUGGACUCAAUGCAUCUGCUCUGCUGAUGAGCCGUAUUCGGAGGGUGCAGGGGUCCCUCGCAGCUUCUGCGGCACAUCCGAUGGGACCUGGUGGAAUGAAUCCUCCGAUGUCGGCAAAGAUCGCAUUGUAG